CUCUCUCUCUCUCUCUCUCUCUCUCUCUCCGCGCUUUUUCUUUUUUUUUUCUUUUUAUUUUUUAUUUUUCUUUUCUUUUCGUCGGUGCGAUCUCGUAGCCUUUUUUGAGGCGGAUUUACCGGAACGGAGAGGAAAUUUAGGAGCUCCGAUCGGGGUGGAGUGAGAUGUUUGUUUUUUUAGGGUUUUGUUGAUCCGCGUCUCUUUUUCUCUCUCUCUCCCCCCGCUUCGAUCGCAUGCGCCGUUUAAUUCCCAUAUAGGUAUAAACUACAAAGAGAUGCGGUGAUUUCGAUGUUUUACUGUGAGUUCUGAUUUUGAAAGCUGUAUACAUCUCUCUAGCCAAAUUCUGGCGCUUCUCAUUGCGAAAUAUCCCAAUUUGAGCUCCAAACUAAGAAGAUUUGGGCAAAAGGGCUUAGAUUUGAAGUAGAAAGAGGAGGAUUGGGUUAUGGGUUCCUUUCUUUGUUGCCUGCGUGUGGACGAUCCAGAAGAGGAUCGGCAUCCAACUGCUUCCGUCGACGGCGGCUGUUUAGGCCUCAUCAGAUGGUCCUCUCUACCGUUGCUGAAUGUGUAUGUUGGAUUAUUUAACAGAGGUCAAGCACGCAUCGCCCCUUCACCUGAACAGGGAACAAAUUCUUCAUCUUCCACCUCUCAACAGCAAGACCGUUCCUACAUGGACACAUUCCGAUGUCCUCUGCGGCCCCUAGCUUAUGAUGAUCCAAGAUGCUCUCAGGUGCGGCGUCGAAGUGAUGGGAAAGUGGCUGCCAAAGCCUCGAGUCAUUGCCAUGCUGCGUCUGAACCAACGAGACAUGGCAAUGAUGCUUGUGUAGAAUCAACAGCUGCAAUGGAAAAGUUGAAUGAAAUUUUACUUAAGAGUUCAUUAGCAGACGGACUGAGUGAGGAAGCAGAUGCAUAUUCUUCAUCUGAAGAUGAGGAUGAUUGUCCGAUUUGCCUUGAAGAAUACGUUUCUGAGAACCCGAAGAUGAUAUUGCAAUGCACUCACCAUUACCACCUAAGUUGUAUAUAUGAGUGGAUGGAAAGAAGUGAAGCAUGUCCGGUCUGUGGCAAGGUAAUGUUGUUCAAUGAGGCAACAUGAUUCUGGUGCUUCAGUUAUGCUUCUGUGGUUCUCGGAGUUUUUGCCAUUAAAAGAUGGUAGAUUUUGUAAAUAUGCCUGCCGAAACUGCGGCCCCUAAGCUUAUAUUGCCAAGCAUAGUUCUAUUACAAGGUUUUUAGAUAUAGAUUUAUUUAUUUUUCUUCUUUUUUCUUUUCGUUUUGGGAAAUCAAUCUGUUUAUGUGAAGACCCUGAACUUUCACAGCAGUAAAACAUUAUAAGGAAAUGUUUUCUCCUUGUUAUGAAAUCUGGAGCAAACUGUGUAGCUAUGCAAAUUAAAUUUUGGCAUGAUAGAGGACUCUAGGUACACAGAAUUUUACUCUCGAAUUAGUGCUUGUUUAUGAUGAAGUCUGUAAUAGGAUUUUUUCUUUUUUUAAUCAAUAUAGUUGAUUGUAGUUUGUUCUA